AUGACACACCACUUGCUCUCCUUUCAGCGAUUCUGCGGCGUGACCAAGGAGCUCCCCGGCGAUGAACCCGUUAAGCACCUUGUCACCGGAGAUCUCAGAGUAGAGGAUGAAAAAUGCAGCAAAAAUGGUACCCUCGCACGGGUUCUGGGCUACUACGAAGGCUGGGGCACUCGGCGAGUCUGCAAUGAUAAGACCUGGCCCGAGUGGAUCCCACUGGAUGUCUACAGCCACGUCAACUUUGCUUACGCUACCAUUGACCCCGAAACCUACGAGGUGCUACACGGGUCCGAUGAGGCCUGGAAUCAGGCACUUGCCAAACUUCACCGCCACAUUCACUGCACCAUACAGCAUGAUGCCAUACAAUACGAGCGUGAUCCAGAACAGAUCAGAGAUGAACAUAAUGACUACGGCUUUCCACGGUUCUCCUUUUGCUUGAUGAUCGACGAUCAUGCCAUUGGGUCGAUUUUGGCGAGUUCGGAGCCUUCUCAGGACCCUAGAGAUCGGACCCCUAAACAGCCCGGAUACGUGAUCGUCAUCGAUCGCUCAUUUCCUGAUAAAGGGGGGCUUAGGCACGAGCAUUACAAUGUGGGUUGGAUGAGAUUGGCUAUGGGUGGGAUCUGGAGGGUAUGGCAGAUUGCGUCUACGUACGACGACUUGGAGUUUGGGGACGUUUAUCCCUAUAUAGGGAGGCUAGGCUUGAUCCCGUAUCAUGAUGGCCAUUGGAAAUGGGUAGAGGAUGUGAAUGGACAGGAGGUGAAGAAUGUUUCUCAUUCAGAGAAUGAAGAGGAGGAGGAGGAGGAGGAGGAGGAGGAGGAGGAGGAGGAUGAUGAUGAAAAAGAUGAUGAGGACGGUUAUACCGAGAAAGGUGGUUAUCCUUUCCAUGACAUUUAUGAAUAUCUAAGGGAAGGGGGGCAUAUUUGA